UGCCUUCAAUUCCCAGAGUGCUUUGCGAAGGCAUCCGGGAAAGGGAAGCAAACACAAUCAGCUGACUUGACUUUGAGGGUUAAGGCUAGUUGUCACUUAAAAUAUAUAUAUUUUUAAAAUCUUUUCGCGUUGUCACACGUUAGUGAGUGGGCAGCCAUGUUACGACCGAAGGCGUUAACGCAGGUUCUCAGCCAAGCGAACACAAACGGAGUCCAAAGCACGCUGCUUCUGAAUAAUGAAGGUUCACUUCUGGCCUACUCUGGGUAUGGGGACACUGACGCACGAGUGACAGCCGCCAUCGCAAGCAACAUCUGGGCAGCCUACGACAAGAACGGCCACCAAGCCUUCAAUGAGGACAAACUCAAAUUCAUCCUAAUGGAUUGUAUGGAGGGAAGAGUGGCCAUUACUCGUGUAGCCAACCUACUACUGUGUAUGUACGCCAAAGAGACAGUGGGCUUUGGAAUGCUUAAAGCAAAGGCAGAGGCACUGGUGCAGUACCUGGAGGAACCAUUAACCCAAGUGGCUGCAUCAUAGUGGAGAUGUGUGUGUGUGUGUGUGUGUGUGUUUCUUCUGUCUGGCUGGAAAAGAAAGCAUCAUAUGAUCCAGGUCAUCUUUGUAUUAUUAUAACCUUCUGUUUGUUCACAAAGUGCAUAAUGCAUAUAUCUAUGUAUAUCUAUAUAUAGAUAUACAUAGAUAUAUAUAUAUAUAUAGAUAUAUCUAUAUAUAUAUGUGUGUAUAUAUAUGUGGAAACAUGGAAAAUAGACAAAUGAGGUAUGUAAUGGUUCUGUGUGUGUGUGUGUGUGUGCGUGCGUGCGUGCGUGCGUGCGUGCGUGCGUGUGUGUUGGGGGGGGCAGGGUGUGUUUGUGAGUGUAUUUAUAAUCAUAGUUUUGAAACUAACGGCUUGUAUGGGCUUUUAUCUCUUUGCCCUGACUUGUGAAUCUGUGAAUUUAAUGAUCUGUUCUAAACGUCCACGCAGUUUGUCAGUAGGAUGUCUGCGUGUAGAACUGCUGACAUGAUUCCAUUAUCAACUGGUCUCGUGGUCGACUUUUGCGCAUUUGCAGUUUUAGCUCAACUUGUUUAUUACAGUUUUGCAGAAAAUUGAACAUUUUGAAUAUACAUGGAAUGUAAGUAUGGAAAGUUUAAUAAGAAUUUCUGUCUCAUAAAAUUGCAGUAAAGAUUAUUUGCUAUGUUUAGUUUCAAAACUGUCAAAUAAACAAUUUUUGGAUUAAUA